AUGGCUACCUUCCCGCCUGCGGUGGUCCGGUUCAUGCUAGAUUUCGUCGAUCAGCACAAAGGGCCGAACAACAUCUACGAGAAAGACAUGCACGGCACUCUUGCUUCGAUGGCCAAACUCCUCAACACGACUUACUCCAAUUCAAAAGCAAAUCAGUAUCACUCUGAAGCGCUUCGCAACCGCUUAAGCAGGUUUGCAAACGAGCUCACGAAAGACCAGCGGCUCAAAGGUAUACGUGCGCUUUGGCGACAUGGGUCAGAUAUGCUGGAUAUCUCCAGGUUUGAAGAAGGCGUCUACGACGCAAGUGAGAUCUCUGCUAAUGGCAAGAUCGAUGUAUCGGGAUUCAAAAUGCCUGACGUUGGUGGGUGGUCUCGUACAAUCUGGACCGGCGACAAGGUCAGAGUCCUCCUCGAUCUUCUCGAUGCCAACAAAGGGCCAAAGGGUCUGUUUAUGACGGACAGACGACAGGCUCUGGAGCUGGUUCGUUGGCAGCUGAAAACAGCCGAUCCCUCCACAAAAAUCACAGCCGAUCAAGUUGAGAACAAGCUCACCCAUAUUUGUGACGCCAGAUUCCAGAAAGAUGGCAAGGCAGUGACAAAAGCCCAACUAUGUCUCGGAGGCAUGGACAUACUCGAUCUGACGGCGUUCCCUGAUGGGACCUUCAAAGAGCAUGAGAUCAAGGAGUGGACACGGCAGCAGCAGCAACAGCGUCCUUUUCAUCUCAGAGGUGCCCGUGAGACCAAGUCCAGCACUCCUCACGUGUCUGACACCGAUGGUAGUGAUGAAGCGGAACAGGAGGACACAACGCCUGAGCCGAUCGAACUUUCUGAGUCCACCAGUUCUCCAGUAGAGGACAGCACAGUUGCCCGAACGCUUUGGCCCGCCACGAAAAUGCCAGACACUUCUUUCAUCAAACAAGCGAUGGCCAAUUUGGACAGUACGAUCGAAGCUGCGGUCUUGCGACGACUCACGGCGGCCAAGAUCGAUCCGAAUCAGCUUUGCGAUCGCUUCGAAAUUCCAAUGAAAAUCAAUCAAUUCAACACGCUACGCGCAACGAACCAUCUCCCUUUGCAGAUUUUCAUACAAGCAAUGAUCGGUGCCGCGAUAACGUCAUGGGCAUUGCGAGACGAAAUACCUCACCCGGAUCUUGGAUUCUUUGUGAACGAGCUUCGUCACAAUGUUGCCCCCGAUGUCCUUGCACUGGCGAAGACAAAUGCCACAAGAAUGUACUACGAGAAAAAGGUUAUGCCAAACAUCAAAGGCCAUGCUGUUGUCCACGCACGCCAGCUCAACGAUAUACUUAUCCGAUUCAUGACGCCACCAACCAUCGAUGUCAUGCGCCAGGUUUCAUGGGGUUUCGAUACUCAGGCGCCAUUGCCAGGAGCAUGGAACACUUUCUAUGCUGUUGCGAACAGCUUACAAAGCACUCGAGAUACACACGUUCACCCCACCACUCCGCGUGCUGGAGACCGUCGUGAAGGCCUACGUCCACGCAACCAGCCGCAGCAACGUAUAAUGGAAGAGGAGAACAUCGACUUUAUUGGCGAGUGGCAUCAGUCUCUUGUGGAAUGCUUCGAGAUGGCGCUGAAGAUGCGAGUCGAGAUGCAGCAGGUGGACGGCAUAUUCUCCUUCGAUUUUCCAUUUCCGAUGUCCGAGCACUACGAGUCUCGCCCUACGGGUGCUCCGAAACAUACGACGCUGGCACAGGCGAGGCGGAAGGUGAUGCUGGGACUGCUUCCGGGAGUGUUUCUACGCCUUCAGAACCACGGCGGAACAAUGGGCGAGCGCAUUCCGUGUGCACCACAGCGCAGCUACGAUAUUGUCAAUGGGCCAGUUGAGAUGGGCGCUGCGUGA